UGUUGCCUUGAUUGUCACCUUCCGUACAACAGAGGGAGGACAGCUAUGUGGAACCUGUACACAAAUCGCCGACCCACGGGAUUGCGACACAGUCGUCGAAUGUGGAGACCAUGAGGAAUGCAUCGUUCAGAAGUACGUAAAUGUCGCUGGCCACAUAUUUUAUAAUGUGGGAUGCCACUCAUCUUUUUCCUGUCAGGCCCUCGUCGGAAAAAGGGAUCUAGAUGUAAAUGAGCGUUCCCUGUCAGAUAUCCAGAUUUGUUCUUCCUGUUGUAACGAUACCAAGCUUUGCAACGUCAUUAGCGGACAUUGCAGUAGUCCAGCGUUGGAUUUGACUGGACGGGUUCUCUGUUACACCUGUGACUACAUGCACAGCCCUGAUCAGUGUGACAGAGUCAGGACCUGUCCAAUACACGAGCAAUGCUUCAUCGGACGGAGAGCAAGUGGUUUAUCUGGAUCUGUGUUGUGGACAAGUCGAUGUGGACACGGAAGUGAGGACUGUAAAGCUACAGGUAUUUCUAUCGAUGGUGUGGUGGGUAGGAAACGGUCCUCUGUGAUCUGCUCAACGUGUUGCUCGAGCAAUUUAUGCAAUAACAACUGCUCGAUAGCGAGUCCGACCACAACUUCCGCACCGGCAACAACUAAAGUGCCCGUCUCGAAACCAGUGAUAACGUACGUCUCCAGAUCCCAUGCAGUUAUGUUAGGAGCACAGCUUCACCUCACCUGUAGGGCAACUGGUAAUCCACCUCCUUCAAUUUCAUGGAACUUUUUUGUCCCGACAGAUAAAUUCCCUAACAAUUUCAUGGUACGGAAUGGUGGAGCUGAUGUUUACAUCGUUGGAGUCACUCCUGAAAACUAUGGAAAUUACUCCUGUAACGCGUCAAACUCCGCCGGUAUUGAUAUCCGCUAUGUGGACAUUUCGGAGCCUGCAUCUGGGUAGUCAAUACCUCAGCGUAAUAUAUAUAUAUAUAUGUAUACAUUUUAAAUAAAAUCAUAUUUUCAGACAGUAAAUAUCUGUGAUA